AUGACGAUGGUCGAUUCCUCCCCGGAAGAAACUCACAGAAAGUUUGGAUAUCCCUUUAUCCAUCCUGAACACCAAGAACAACAGUUCCACCACCACUCUCCCCCUCGAUUCACUUAUCCUGUCGCCAUUCCAUUCGUACUUCAACCUAGCUAUCAAGUGAUCAAGCCGAAUCCUUACUACAGACAGUUUCAAGAGCAACGAUACCGAGAACAAUUCAGCGAAGAGAGCCCGACUGAUAUGGCCGAAGACUCUGAUUUAGAAGAAAUUGAUGUAACAGAAAAUGAUAUGGACGACAGCAAUAUGAACCAAGCUGCUCUCUUGCGGACUUGCAUUUCUUCAGAAACACGGUCAAACUCGAGCAUUUCGAAUUCGGUUGGCGCGAAUUUCGAGCAGCUGAAUAUCACGACAGGAAGUGCUUGUAGCUCGCCUCAGCGGCUCAUUACUCCUCCAGAAGGCUCGUCACGAACUUCUUCUGCCGAUAGUAAGCCACCAUGUCUUCGACAGGUGGAAGAACAUGGCCAGUACGAUGCUUCUCAGGCCGCUAACAGAAAGUUUGAAUGCGACUACUGCCCGAAACGAUUUGUCCGAAAGGAGGAAAAACUUCGCCACGAGAGAAGCCACACUAAUGAACGAAAAUAUCAAUGCCGAUUCUGCAAUCUACGCUUUCUCCGCGCUGAUCACCGCAAGGGACACGAAGACACACACUCUUCCUUCAAAAAGUACAAAUGUGAGCCUUGCAACAAGUCCUUCCGCAGAAAAGACGAGUUCAACCGCCAUUGUCUGCGAAAAAUCUGCAAGCGAAACAAAAAAGAUUUCCAGACUGAACACAAUGCCUAA